CCUUUGAACUAACCUCUCUUUCUCGCUCAUUCUUCGUGUUGGGGUGUGAUCAAAAUGUCGACUUUCGGUGCCGCUAACACAAAUCCGAACAAAUCGUACGAGGUAGCACAACCACCUGGGGAUUCUGUUUCGAGUCUUUCUUUCAGUUCCAAGGCCAAUUUCCUCGUGGCUACAUCAUGGGACAAUCAGGUUCGGUGUUGGGAGGUAGCAAGGAAUGGGACUGUUGUCACAAGUACACCCAAGGCUUCAAUAUCUCAUGAGCAACCAGUUUUAUGCUCCGCUUGGAAAGAUGAUGGAACAACAGUUUUUUCUGGAGGUUGUGACAAGCAGGUCAAGAUGUGGCCGCUUACAUCCGGUGGACAACCAAUGACUGUUGCCAUGCAUGAUGCUCCCAUCAAAGACCUUGCAUGGAUACCAGAGAUGAAUCUUUUAGCCACUGGAAGCUGGGACAAGACCCUGAAAUAUUGGGAUACUAGGCAGUCAAACCCGGUGCAUACUCAGCAACUCCCUGAACGUUGUUAUUCAAUGACAGUGAAACAUCCUCUGAUGGUUGUGGGAACUGCAGAUAGAAAUCUGAUUGUCUUCAAUUUGCAGAAUCCUCAGGCUGAGUACAAAAGAAUUAUAUCGCCCCUGAAAUAUCAGACAAGAUGUGUUGCUGCUUUUCCAGAUCAGCAAGGUUUUUUGAUUGGCUCAAUAGAAGGACGGGUUGGAGUGCAUCACCUGGAUGAUGCACAACAAAGCAAAAAUUUUACUUUUAAAUGUCACAGAGAGAAUAAUGAGAUAUAUUCAGUCAACUCCUUAAAUUUCCAUCCGAUACAUCACACUUUUGCAACUGCUGGAUCUGAUGGUGCUUUUAAUUUCUGGGAUAAGGACAGUAAACAGAGACUCAAGGCCAUGCAAAGGUGUAGUCAGCCCAUACCUUGCAGUGCAUUCAAUAAUGAUGGUUCCAUAUAUGCUUAUGCGGUCUGCUAUGAUUGGAGCAAGGGUGCAGAAAAUCACAAUCCAGCCACAGCGAAGAGCUACAUAUAUUUGCACUCACCACAGGAGUCUGAGGUUAAAGGUAAGCCACGUACGGGAGCAACGGGUAGAAAGUGAAACUUCGUGUUAAAGGUUCCUGGUGUUUUGGUGCAUUCAUAGAAGGGCUUUGAUACUCUGGAAUCAACAGAUCGGCCAUUUAAUGUUUUGGUGCAACAGCUAAAAUGAAAAGAUUGUAACUAGUACUUUGGUUUUUCAUUUUAAAUUUUUUUUUCUUAGGUUUGCCCAUUUUUAUACUCUGCCGGUGUAUUGGUAUGGUUUAAGCUGCUGCUCUUUGAUCCCAUGUACAGAUUCAAAUGAUGCUCUGAUAUCUUUUACAAUUCAUGUUGAUGGAUCA